AUGACUGAUCUGGGCGCCAAGAGGUUCCCUUUCGUUUUGCCCUACGACGCUCUUGCCUACUAUGUAUAUAAAUCAAAUGCAGAAAGUCUUGUGACUGUGCCGCAAGACAGUGAAUGGGCAGCCGAGCCAUCAACGAGACCCCAGAUGUACGGAUACAACGGACAACGAGCAAGAUAUCGAACCGCGGCAAACACCCGUAGAGAAGAACUCGGCGAUAACCAUGUCGCGAAAAAGAAGUCAUUACCAAGCAACGAGCUGGGAACGAAUGGGAUGCCGAUGACCGAGUUACCCCUCCUUCGUUCCUUCCUAAGAAGUGAUUAUACAUCCAAGAUUUUCGGCUUGGCUCGUCUAUACUAUACACAUACGUUAGAUUACACUAGGUACCAGGAGGUACUUCGCGACUAG